AUGCUGACAGCGUCGGUUCUGCAGAGUGCUGAGAAUUCCCAGCAGAUGAAAGAGACUCUUGAAGCCUUGACCAGACGUACUUUGAAUGAGAGUGGAUCGACUCAGUCUGGUAUGUGGUCUCGUGUGAUCAACAAGCCAGAUGUCUUCAAGCCAAAGGACAGGGAGGAAGAGCUCUCCCAGUUUUCAGAGUGGUCGUGGCAAUUCAAACAGUAUGUGCGCGUGAUCUGUCCAGGGAUGCAUAAGUUGCUUGAGAGCGUGGAGUCGGAUCUUGAUGACAGUAACGUGCACUCGGAGAUGUCUGCAGAAACAGUGGAUUUGUCAAAGCAGCUGUACGCCUUGCUUGCUAGUUUGCUGAGAGAGCGUCCUGUGCAAAUCUUGAAGGCCAUCCCAGAUGGCAAUGGAUGCGAAGUGUGGCGGACCUUGGUUCGCACCCUGGCGCCUAGCAACAAAGCUAGGUCGUUGGCGCUGCUUGGAGCAAUUUCUCAGUUUCCAGCAAUGACAAAUUCCAAUUACCAUGAGCAGAUUUUGAAGUUGGAAGAGUUGUGCCGUAAGUACAGUCAGUCGUCUGGCAAAGAAGUGGAUGUGGAGUUGAAAGCAGCUAUUCUUUUGAGAUCGCUGCCGGCAACUUUGCGUACACAUGUGAGCGUGAACUGCAGUGAGAGUGCUACGUAUGAAGAGCUUCGAGAAGUAAUUCUUCGUUAUGAGCGAGCAACCCAGAAGUGGACCACCCAGUUGGUUUCAGGUACAACUCUACCUCCUGCUGGUGAUGGUGCUGUGCCUAUGGAUGUUGACAUGGUGAAAGGAAAGGUUGGUAAAGACAAAGGCAAAGGUGGGUGGAAGCAUUACAACAACAACCCCAAAGGGAAGGACAACAAAGGCAAAGGAAAAGACUACUCCCAGUACUACCAGAAGGGCAAGCAAGGAAAAGGCAAAGGUGGUUACAAAGGAAAGGACCAUAAAGGGAAAGGCAAAGGCUACAACCACGACAACUCGAAGGGCAAGAGCAAAGGCAAGACCAACGUUCCCUACAACAAUUGCAAGAUUUGUGGUAAGCCAGGUCAUUGGAGCAAUGAGUGUUGGAUGAAGAAAGUGAACCAAGUGAACAACAACCCUGGAACCCCAAAUGUGCCUCAACCACCUGCGGCUCCUGGAGGAUCCACGAGUACAACUGCGACUACCGCCACGGUGAAGCGUGUGUUCAACUUGGCAGACGACACAGAUGCAGUUCAGUUUCCGGUUGCAGGGGAUUUGGUUGGUGGCUUUGAAGAAUCGUGGGAUGAUGAAGAGUGGUCUGAGUGGUGGUGCUAUCAUGUCACCGCUUCGGAGUGCGAGUACUAUGACAUGAGCACGGAAGACAGCUCUGAAGAAAACUGGACGUACGAUGACACAGCAGUUUCCGUGUUCGACAUGACCAUGUCUGAUGCCCUUCCAGGUGAUGAAGAUUGGGUCCAAUGCGAUUGGGCCAAGACCUACGUGCAGAUGGUACAACAGGGACCAUCUGAAGGCUGGACCAGUGAAGGGAUCAAGGUUGAAGUGGUUCUUGAUUCAGGCGCUGAUGUUAGUGUGAUGCCAGAGCAGUGGUUGCAGAUGGAUGUGGGGCAGAAUGCACCGGGUGAGCGCGUUCUCAUGAGGGAUGCACAAGGUCGUGAGAUGCCGAAUCUCGGCACUCGUAAUGUGUCGUUAGAUCUUGGCCAAGCAGUCCUUCAUGAGCGCUUUCAUGCAUCAUCAGUGGCGACCCCUUUGCUGAGCCUGGGUCGACUGUUGAGGAAAGGAUGGAGUUUGAACCAUCGCAACAACAUGUUGUGCUUGUGCUUCGAGGAUGUGGCAGUUCCGGUGAGUUUUCGGAGAAAUUCAUUGGUGGUGGAAGCUACAGUGCACAAUGUGGAAGCAAGUGACAUGAGCCCAAUCAUUGAAGAAGUUGUCGAAGAACCCAGCUCUCCACUAGAAGUACGGCCAUUGCUAGAAGGGCGACGCCACUAUGCUGCGUUUGAUUUCAACCCUGAUGCUCUCUCCACAUCUGAGGCUGGUGAGCUCGAUCCACGUGGUCGACGGUGGCUAUUUCUGCCAACGGGAGACCCGGUUUGCCUCUCUGUGGGUUUGAACUUUGUUGACCCUAGUGCUAUGAUGAACACUGCGCUUUGGAAAUUUCGGACUACAGUCGUGAAGAUUGCUGAGCGUUGGGAGGUUUUGGAGUUACACCAGGAUUUGACCUCAAUGUCAACCAUGAGUGGUGCUCUGUCAGCGCUGGAUGAUUCUCUUCCUGGAGUGAUGUAUGAGAGCCUGACCAUGACGGUGAUGCACCGAACAAUCGUGGAGCCCGAGAAGUUUGGAUUUCAUGUGAAGCCCGAGGCACCAAACCCUUUGCUGGAUGAACCUCUGCCUCAGGUACCUCCGGAACCAAUACGAGCUGAUGAAGGGAUGCCGGAUGGUGCCAACGACUCCAAUGCGGAGGAUGAGCAGCCCGGCGCGCAACCUGUGUUGCCUGGGGUGCAGCUAGAGAAGCCUAUUCCAGAUGAGAUUGACGUUGAAGGCAAGAGGUUGACUGCGGAGUCCCCAGCGGCUGAGUUGAAGUUGGCAUGCCGUGCGUUGGGUAUAGGUGCUACGGGGUCCAAGAAUGUCCUGUACAAGCGGUUGGUGAAACACGUGUGGCGUAGGAAGAUGGAAGAUGACUUAGCUCUGUUUGAAGCUGCGAAACUACCAGAACGCAAUCCUCGCUCGUCUCCAGUUCCUACAGAACCAUCUCCUGAAGAAGUUGCCAAACAUCGGCUAACCCACGUACCUUACCAACCAUGGUGCCCGUUGUGCGUGGCGACAAGAGGAAGAAGGGAUGCUCAUCGAGGUGAUGAGGCUCACCGCUCUGCUGGCGGUUGGCCAGUCCUGUGCAUGGACCUCAUGUAUGCCUCUCUGGAAGGUUCAGUAUGCGAGUUCAUGAAGCAAGCCCCAGCGAGCAAAGAGAAGAAGUUGACUGUGUUGGUGUGCGUAGAUCGGGAUACUGGGAUGAUUCAUUCAGUGCCUCUUCCUGGAAAGGAUACUACAGCUUUACAACAUGCUGCCAAAGAAGUUCUUGGGUUUCUGUCCUACCUUGGUAGGACUGAAGUGGAGAUCAGGGGCGACAAUGAACCACCGAUGGUAGCCCUGUGCGAUAAGGUCGUGGAAGCUCGAAACAAAGCCGGUUUGUCAACCCGCAAGACUCCUUCUCAACCCUAUGAACACCAGACCAAUGGAGCAGCUGAGCAAGCAGUCUUGAGCAUGCGGGACAUUGGCAGCACUCUCCUACAGCAGGUUGAGCAGAGUGGAUUUGCCCCCAGUUUGAACCCCGAGUUGAUCCCGUGGGCCUAUGUGCACGCAUCGACUUUGCAUAACUGCUUUUCAGUGUCUGCGGGAACCACACCUUAUGAGCGCGCCUUUCAGGUGAAGUACAAUGGACGGCUGGCGAUGUGGGGCGAGACGAUGCUGUUUGCUAUUUCCGAGCCCCAUCGACGUAAAGGCCGGCCGAAGUUUGCGAAGGGCGUGUUCUUGGGUAAAACCAUGUUGAAUGACCUCAACAUUUGUGGCACAGCGUUGGGAGUAUAUUUGUCGUCAACAGUCAAGCGUCUUCCAGAAGCACAGCAAUGGGACAAAGUGUUACUCAAAGAAGUUCAAGGUAAGCCUUGGAGGUACGGUUUGUCAUCUAUGGGGAUGAAGAUAGUACCUGGAUUACGUGAACGCAAGCCGCGUCCAGAGCCCAUGGCCGAACUACCUGUGCCUCUGCAUCCAUUACCUCCUCCUGGUGGAUCAAGCCCAAGAGAGGAAGCUGCGUCUGACCCCACGUCAGAACCUGCGUCGCCUGACGCAGAGUCGGCUUCAGAGUCUAGCAGUGAACACCCAGGAGGGGAUGCCAGAGGAGCUAAGCGAGAUCGUGAGCCAGGAGGGGAUGACGAUGAUUCGUCUCCUCAAAGCUUCCCUUCAGAUCUGUUGAGUCCAGCUGCUGAGCCAGCUCCGAUGGUUGUUGAAGAACGUGGGGAAAAGCGAGAUGUCCCAGAGUCGUCUGGGAGUGACCAACCAGUCAAGAAAGUGCGAGCUGUACGAGUUGGUGACGUGGACUACUUCGUCGCGGAUGAGGAGAUGGAGGACUGGUGGCAAGGCUUGGAGUUUGAUGCCCAGUACUAUGAUGAUGAUUGGAUGGACUUCACACCAGAGACGGAUCCAGAGGUGUUCUGGGAAGAUCAAGGAGAAGAGGAAGGACCUCCUGUCCUUUCUGCAGACCAACUGGAGAAAGUGGAAGCCACAUCGAGGCUGGACGAAAAGUCCAGACUCAUUGACAUGGGUGUGUUGGAGAAGGUGGAGAUUGAUCCUCCGGCGGACAAGACCUUGCAGUGCCGGUAUGUGUAUGACUGGCGGUUUAGGAAGCAGCACUGGUUGCGUCGCGCGCGGCUAGUGUGCAAGCAGCUGAAAGCAUGGAGUCCGUUCAGGCAGGAUACCUAUGCUCCCUCGACAUGUCCCUCGAUGUUGCGUCUUCUACCUCACAUGUUUGUGAGCACUCCAGGCUGGGUCUUGAGAUCGUUCGAUGUGUCGGAUGCUUUCUUGAUGGUGAAGCAGCGUGAAGAGUUGUACAUCCGGUUGGACAAUGAAGUUUACCGUGUCUGGAAAUGUUUGCCGGGCCAACAACUUGCUCCUGUGUAUUGGCAUGAUGAACUGAGUGGAGAUCUUCAGGUUUGUGGCCUUACCGGCAAUGUUGCAUGCCCCGUUGUGUAUGGUGGCAAAGAUCAAGCUGCUACGGUCCAUGUCGAUGAUGGACUACUUGGAGGUUUUGAGGAUCAGGUCGACCAGACGGUUGGCGUGCUGAAAGAAAAGUAUAAGCUUGAGUGCAGUCCCCCGCUGAAGGAUGUUGGUGAUCAGUUGAGGUUUCUCAAACGUACGCUGGAGGUAGUGCCAGAAGGACUGCGGAUAGUGAUCGAUCCAAAGUAUGUGGAGAAAAUCCUCCAAGUCCUUGGGAUUUCCAAACCUCGCUCCCGCAAGGUACCUUCGACUACAGACUUGACGGCCCUCGAUGAGACGGAGAAGCUUGAUGCUAUGUGGACCGGGAGGUACAGAGCAGCUUUAGGAUGCUUGUUGUAUCUGGCUCCUGAUCGACCUGAUGCGCAGUACACGAUUGGUGUGUUGGCUAGGGGAAUGUCAUCGCCUACAGCAAAGCAGUUGUCUCAUGUGAUGUACCUAGCAGAGUACUUGUACUACACCCGGGACUAUAGCUUGGUUUUGCGGUGGAGCAGCCCAGGGCGAUCUUAUUUGGACGAAAGCCCACGUGUCAGGCCGAGGCUUGAUGAUGGCGGAGAACCUGGGCCGCCUGGUGGAACCUUGGAAGCCAAGCCGAGGUUGCGGGAGGCCGUAAGUGAUGCAGACUGGGCAGGAAGUGCUGAUAGGAGGUCGGUUACGUCGGGACACAUAUUCUUGGAUGGGAAUCUGAUGUUCUCGUACAGUCGACGGCAGUCUACGAUAGCAUUGUCUUCAUGCGAGUCGGAACUGAUGGCCUCUACCUCUGCAAUCGCGGAAGCACUUUUCCUGAAGAACCUUUUGACAAGUUUGACCAAGGACGCUGUGGACCUUGCUGCCCGGCUGGACAGCUCGAGUGCGCGCAGCCUUCUUACGAAGGCAGCUGAAAUCCUUAGAGUUCUUACUGCGGCCAUAGCCUUGAGUCGAGCUACGGCAUCUGAUCCCGAGCCGAAGUGCAACGUUCCUGCUGAGCCCUACGGUGUGGUCAGCGGGAUCCUCACGGUGCUGACUGAACCGUUCUUCUAUAUGUUCAUGCUUGCGGUCUCAGUCGUGGCGAUCGUUGUGUUCAUGGCACCAAAGCGACGCUGGAAUCGGAUCCGCUGUGUGGACCCUGAUGUUGGAGGUGACCGAGAAAUGAAGAAGGCAGCGCGAGAGCCUUCUCCAGAGCCGAACUACUUCGAUGACAGUUGGCUGUUUGCUGCAUCUGAUGACGACGAGGGCGGUGCUACGGACCUCAUGAACAUGUUCGGGAAGGUGAGCAUUCUGCCCGUGAUCUACGUGAUGAUCAAGGAGUUCGACAGCAACGAGCUCAAGGAUAUGAUCCCUGGGCUCAGGGAGUGA